AUGGCGCAAGUGUUUAUAAUUAAAAAGACUAGAGGCAAUAUAGAUAUGACAUUACGGUCCAAUUGUAGCUGCAUUGGCAUUAAAAAAUCUUAUCUAUGCCCAACUCAUGGUUUGUCUUUAAGUGAAUGUAACCGACAGAAAGGCUGCAUGUCUGUCUUUAAACAAGAUAAUGGGCAUUGGCUGGUAGGUUUAUGUGUGCUGUUAGUGUUAUUAAGCCGAGUUGGCGGUUUUAAUGGCCUGGACCGGCUCAAUAUUGACAUUGAAGUGUAUGAGAAUGAUAAUGAUAAUGAAGAUCCUAAUGAUUGGGCUAGUGAUGAUUCUGGUGGGGGACAAAACAUAUUUGAUAUCUCUAAUAAUCAAGACACGGAAGUACUCCGGGCAACUCCAUUAGAUUCUAGUGAUAUGCUUAAGAUCCUGGAAGAUAUUGGCUUUUUCUUUCGGGGUGAGAGACCAAAUCUGGUGGUCGCUCUGGCCGGCUUUGGCCCAUCAAAUGCAUCUAGUUCAUUCACAGAUAACCAUAUUUUGUCUGUGGUUGAAUAUAACGGCCCUGGAGUCUCUUUUAGCCUACCCAGGUAUUCUUCGGAACAAGAUGCUCAGAUAGCUUUGGAGAAAUUAAGAACAAUUGCUUUUAUUACGGCCGUUCAGGCAGAUUCGGUCUGUGUUUCUGACAGAAACGCUAAUCCAAGCUGCUAUCAGGUGAAUACACAAAUUCUUACCCGAGUUGUUAAUAUGAUCGAUUGCCAGGAGCUCACAAUUAAUCUUACUAACAGUUGGCAAGACCAGCCAGAUAAACAGCGCGCUGAUUUUCUUAUCUGUAGGAACGAAGCUGAGGAGACUAUUGCCCAUGCUAUUUUUCAGCUACCGUGCCAACUCCAAUUCUCAACAACAAUGAAAUGCAGUCUUAGUGUUUUUGCUUCAUCGGAUAUUCACUUGUUACGGUCAGUUUUAGUUGUUGUUUUAACGGAUUUUGAGUUUCAAAAUACCUCUGGUCUUAAUCAGUUAAUAUUCACCGAGGGAUACACUAUUGCCUUUACUCUUGGACCGGGCGAAGUGGACAUUGAUUUUGGAUUCCUCCAAGUGGUUUCGGCCACUUGCAAUAAGAUCAUAAUCAUUGCCACGGAACAAACAGAACUUUCACUAACCGGCCUUGAGAAUGCUACGACAAAACACCCAGACAUAACUCUGGAGGCCCACUGGACCCAUAUUCAGUACUUAGGAAUACACAACAAAUCUAACAUUCAAGUUGAUACUAUUUUAAAUCUUAAUCUUGAGUUAUGGGACUAUUAUAAUAUUCUUAAUGUUCCUAAAGAUCAAACUAUCCCUCCUCAUCGUGUUUAUGCCAAUAAGGCUACUGUUACAAUAAGCUGUGAACUGCCAUGCAAUCUUCGGUCUUACUACCAAAAACUCUACACCACCUACUGGGCCAGUAAUGGAGUUAUGAUAGAUGAUUUCCAGAUUUCCUUUAAAGAAACACGCAAUGACGUACAGAAAACCCUAUUCAAUCUUUAUCAAUUUAGUGGCACUCAAAUUCAGCCUCAGAAUACUGAAGGCAAAGAAGUUAUCUGCUGUGGGGAAUCACUUAGUGAUCCCAAUUGGACAAUUCACGAGUCUAUUAAGAUCCAGCUUGAUCGUGUCAUUCCUAUACUUUACCCCAAUGAUUGUCAUCCUUCCGAUUACAUCCCUGUCUUUUGCCAGAAUAUCCACUAUACAACCAUUGAGAUCACCGGAAGUAGCACUCCAUGCUACCAGCAGGUCCCAGCCUGUAUUAAGCUUCUAGAUCUAUUCCGAGGCAUUAAUGCACAAGAGCUUAAAAUCAAACAGGUCUGCUUUGGCCUGCCCCACCUAGAUUUCUACUUGUCUAAUACCGACCGAGCAACAUUUCCGAUCCAAUUAAACUCGGCCAACGCUGUCAAGUUCAAAACUUUAAUCUUAGACCAUGUUGACAAUCAGAUCAUCUACUGGAUGUUAAGCAAUUAUGUCUUUGUCAAUCCGGUCGAAGUACACAUUCUGAACCAGCAAUUCAACAACCUUGCUAUUGUUAAGAUUCUUUCUCUGCCCACCACCAGGCAGAUUGCAACUCUAGCAAUCAAUGACUUUCUUAAGCUAGAUGAAGUCAGCUACUACCCCGACACCAGUCCAUUCCGAUCCAAUGGCUUCUCACUAAGCCGAUACGUAGAAGAUGAACUUAAAGCACGAAAAACACUCGAACAUCUUGGCCUGCACAAACUGCUUAUACAAUUAGGAUGGAGGGAUUAUAGCAGGCAUAGCGACGUUUUACUUAUGUUAUUGCGUUAUGGCAUUCAAUUACAAGCCAUACCAUUUGCAACGUACACCAUGCACACCGCCAUCCACCCAGUCCAACCCAAUAUACCGGCCAAGAAAGAAUUCAUGCUCUAUAACAUUCCUUUGGAGUCCUUAAAAGACGACUGCGUCCACCCAAUACUAACCCAACCUCCCCUCCAGCCCGAUUCAAACCAAGAGGCUUCAAUUCAAAAACAAUCCGUUGACAAGCUACUCCUACGCUUUCAAGACAACUCUUCCCUCACCGAACCGGACUUAGCAAUUAUUCUCCAAUGGAUAUCUUCUCGAUUCAAGGACUUAAUCACGUUACAACUAAUCAAUAUCCGAGUGGCCGCAAGCGUGCGCAUAGUAUUAGAAUCACGUAAUUUUUGGGUCACUAGCCAACCUAUGCUUACUUCAAUCCAAAUAGAUAGUUUUUGUUCUGGUAAACCCAAUAUCAAAAUCCCAAUCCAACCUUAUUCUCGUGGUUUAUUAGCCAACAAUCCCAAUACUCUCCCUAAAUUCACAGCCGUUUCACUCGCUUUGGCCGCCCGAUUUUUAGCCCAACCCGACCAAACUACUAACCCAAGACUAACCACAAGCACUACCCCCAACCCCCCAAUCCAAAAGAUCAUAAAUCAUAUCAAAAACAGCACCCCUCAUAUUAAGUGUCCAGAAUGCCAUCGAGUCCUUUGCGUACUAGAUGAAAGAGAAGCAGAGCAAGACUUAGUAUCAUCUACUCGUCCCAGCCCACAGUUCACAACGCUAUGCUACCCCAAAUCCGGCCCACCAAUCUGCAAUAUCUGUGUAAUUAGCCUCCUAGCAUCCCACAAACCCCCAAAUUCCACAAACUCACCCCAGCCCGGCCUAGACGAUGAUCCUAUUUACCAGCUUAUCGGCAUUCCUCUAGAUAAUUUUGUCUUCAUCAGUACCACAUCACCACCAACCAAUAUUAACACCACUGCAACACCAACCCCUAACUUAGAACGACUCAGCCUCCUAGCCGAUUCCUGUGACCAACACAUCUAUUUCUACCUUCCUUACCAAAACCCCUCCGAUGCACUUAUUAACCCCAAUUACAACCCAACUCUAACCCAUGUUCAUAUCAUUUAA